AUGGGUUCGCUAGAGCGGACGCUCGAAGAGAACGUUGCCAGACGGGGCUCAGACACCAAGAAAGACAGACGUACAUCGGCUGCUGACUUGCCAGGUGAAGGAAGUGAGUCUGAGGAUGAUCCCGUGCCAGAGGACGAAAAAGGACUUGAAGCCACACCCCUGGCGACUGUCGACGCUAUCUAUGGAGAAAACGACGACACCAAUGACGAUAUUCUAGACCUCGGGUUUCGCGUUGGCAAAUUUCGCAUGACUGAACGUCUAGGUGGAUUAUUCCGGCCGAAAUUGUCUGAAGAAAUGGUCUUUGCUUUGGUUCGAGACAACAAGCGUGGAACUGAACCGGAGGCACCUCUUAAGGACGAUGAAAGCACCUUCCUAGAACCUGGACCUACUUAUAUUGCACCUGGAUCGGGUUUCAUGUUCGGCAACACAGGUGUUCGAAACAAUAUUACCAGCUUCUUGCCAACCAGAGUGGUUGCUGAUCUGCUUAUGAAGCGUUAUCACACGAAUUGUCACUUUGUUGCUAGAGUUGUACAUUGGCCAACCUUUCAGAAUCAGUAUGAGACUUUUUGGGCCUCUAUCCAUGCAGGGACCCUGCCGCCUCCAUCCCUACAGGCCCUAUUUUUCUCUGCCUGUUUCUCAGCAGUAGCGAGUAUGUCACACUCCGAGAUAGAUUCAGUUUUCCAUCAACCUCAACGUCAAGUGCUGACCAAUUUCCAACAAGCGACUGAGAUAGCUCUUGCCAACGGUCACUUCCUCCGGACAACAAAAUUUGAGACGUUGCAAGGACUAAUCAUCUAUCUCGUACCUAUGUGCCGGGGUGAAAUAUCUCGGGCUCAUUCUGUUUUGGUCGGCGCUGCUAUUCGUCUGGGCGAAUGCUUCAGUCUUCAUCGCGACCCAGUGGAGGCGUUUGGAUAUCCACCUAUUGAGGCGCAUGUUCGACGUCUUGCAUGGUUUCAGUUGUGCUUUCUUGAUUUUCGAACAGUUGAGGCGCAGGGGCCAAGACCUCACGUCAAGCGCGAGGAUUACGAUACCAAGAUGCCAUGGAACAUCGACGAUGAUGAGCUGAUUGCAUUGCAGCCUACGACAAGUAAUCCUGUGGUUCAGUUACAGGAGAAAGAAGGACAGUGGACUGACGUGACGUUGAGCAAAAUUCGUUUUGAAUGCGCUGAGAUGCAACGCAUCGUCUGGCACGAUCGCAUCCGCCUCGAUAAAGGCAAGGUCAGCAUCACCUACUGUCUGAGUAAGAUUGAGUCGUUCAAGAACGCGAUGGAGGCCAAGUACAAAUGGCUUGAUGUAGCGAUAGCUAUACAACACUACGCCAGGAUCUUACUUGACUUGUUGCUGCUACGAAUGCAUAUAAUGAUUCUUCACAAGUUUCAUAAUGCAACAACCACACGGAUACCUGACCGGCUGCGGCAGAUUAUCAUUAACUCUGGCACUAAACUCAGUGAGUCGGCUGUAAAACUGGAUAUUGAUCCCAAAUUCAAUUGCUUCAAAUGGUAUAGCAGCGCAUUGCAGCAAUGGCAUACAGCAUUCCUCCUAAUAAUUGAGGUAUUCAUAUUCCCAAAUCGCAAGGAAGCAGACAGGAUAUGGAGUGUUAUAGACCAUGUUUUCGAACCAGAUUUGACUUUGACUCGAGUCCAGAAAGCUCGGAGCAUUUUAGGUGCAGUUCGAGAUCGUGCCGCAGCUUAUCGGGAUUUGAGGAAGAUGAAGGAACCGCUUAGCAUGCAGAAUAGACUCAACACCAAUUUGCCGCCCCGCGCACGGAUUAGAGGGCCAGACAUGAUAUUGCCUGCAGGUGGACAAGCCAGACAGAGAGUCGGGACUGAGGUACAAGCUGGCUACAGCAACAAGGACCUGGAAGGCCUGAAGACGAGCACAUCGGAUUCACAUGUACAGACACCAGUACCUGGUCAGGUAGGCACAACAAAUACAGCAUCGUCGAGUGACUGGAACUUUGACACACCAAACACGCUGUUCGUACGCAAUCAUGAGUCACCGACAACGAUUCCAAGUCGACCCGGCAUGUCCGCGAAAGCCUCUCCAUCAUACAAUGGAAUCCAAUAUUCUGGCGAUCCUAGUCCAUCGAACUCGUCUCAUCACACCGAUGCGUGGCCUCCGAGCGUCACGGCUGUCCAACAAGCAACAUACCUCUACCACCAGAAUUCAAGUUCUGUUUCACCUGCCCAAUUUCAGAUGUCUCCACCGCAGACAAGUCGUUCUUCCCCACCACUGUAUGGAAAUUCUGCAAUGGGCCUAAUGUCUGGCACAUACAUGCCUCAAAAGCAGCUUGACCCAGCCCGAACACGCGACAUAGCGUCACAAGAAAGCGGUCCACAAGAUGGGACAUCUCGGCUUGCCAUGAUGGGCACGGUAGGCUCAGGUAUAUUGCCAAAUAAUACAUGGAGCUCGGCACAGGUGUUUCAAAACAUUCAGGAUGUGCCUAUGCUGGAUAUCGACUGGACUGAAUGGGACAAGCUAUUUCCAAUCGAGAUGAAUAAUGGGGAGUUGGACAUGCCAACGACAAACACAGAAGUGGACACCGUAUAUUAG